AUGCUGCUGCUGUUCCUUGCAGCUGCUUGCCUCUGCAACGCGGCACCCUCACCUGAACCAGCACCCGAACCACAACCACAACCGCAACCGGAACCUGCACUCUUUAGCAGCUAUAAUCCCGCAUUCAUAUCGAAUCCAUCCAUUUAUACCUAUACAUUGGCGGAACAGCGGCCAAAGCAAACGCAAUUGAAACAACAAAAACAACAGCAACAACACGCAAAUACUUUGCUGAGCAAUGAUAUUGAAUAUAAUGGCAAUGACAACAGCAACAAUAACAACAACAAAAAUUAUUACAAUUAUGCCAGCAACAAUAAUAAUGUGCCGUUUAGUUCGAGCGAGUCGGCAGCCUCUCCGCCUUCUUCUGCGAGUAAUCGCAAUUUUUACUACACUAAUGCCAAAUUUAGUGGCACUCCUACAACUGCAACACCCACUCAACCAUUGCCGGUGAGUGGUUGUCAGUUAGAUCGUUUAGCCGUUUAUAAGGUUGUAUUGCACACCUAUUGGACGCGCGAUUUAUUCCCGAAACACUAUCCGGACUGGAGGCCCACAGCGCAAUGGACGAAAACUAUAG